CGCACACACGCACACACACACUUGCGUUAAAGAGGGCUGGACUUCUCCCACCCGCCAGUCACCCUUCAAGUAUCCACAGGCUUCUAAGACAAGACUGAGUCGUCAUGGCGCCGGACCUGCUUGCCAUGGUGUUCAUCAUCAGUUUGGUGGAUCCAUCCUGCCCGAAGCGGACAGACCAGAACCAAAAACAACCAACAAGCGUCCAGAACGCUUCGACAACAAGCUGGUUCCAAACAAGCUCAGUUACUAUGAGACCCAGUGAGGACCUGAGACCCACUUCCAGUGAGGAUGACCUGAGCCCCACUUCCAGUGAGGACCACCUGAGCCCCACUUCCAGUGAGGACCACCUGAGACCCACUUCCAGUGAGGACCACCUGAGACCCACUUCCAGUGUGGACCACCUGAGCCCCACUUCCAGUGAGGACCACCUGAGCCCCACUUCCAGUGAGGACCACCUGAGCCAAAUCCAGAACCAACUGGAGAACCAAACCAGGCUUGUUGUGGGCGAAGAUGAGGAGAACUUCCAGGACUACGAGGACCACCUGUCGGGGGCUCGCUGCCAACAAGACCUACUGGUGGAAGCGAGUCACGUCAUGUGCGGAUCUGCCUUCCACCAACAUAUGGAGCACUUGGGGCCCGAUGAGCGCUGCAUCCUGGACAACGUGAUCCGGGCGUACAACGACAUGACGCUGUGCCUGGAGGCCCUCGCCCACUGGGCCGGCUGCUUCUAUCCCAACGCCAACAUUCAGGACUUCUUCCUGCUCGUCCACUCCAGCUACUUCCUGCAGUGCUCCGGUGAGGAGCGCCACCUGGAGGAUGCGCCGUAUUGGCUGUCGGUGGCGCUCACGCUCGGCACCGUGGCCGUCAUCCCGGUCCUGGUCUACCUGGUGGGCUGGAGGAGUAAAGUGGAUAUGCUACGCUAACAUUAUGCUAAGCUAUGUUCAUAUUCCUACCUCUUUGUCAGGUCCUACAAAAUAAAAGUAUAC